AUGACACUUUUGGGAUUUGAACACACUAAUCAAGCCUCCAGUGAGACAUCAUCAACAAGAUCAGGACCAAUUGGCUCUUUCUUUAGGAAUAAACAAUCCAACAAUGGGAAAAUACCAAUGAAGACGAUCACAAAACCUAAUCGAAGCACUAUAAUAAGGGUGGAAUCCUGGAAUUUGAGAAAUGAUUCUAUGCCGGACAGCGAUGAUAUAAAUAAGAGCAUCUCAAAGUUGAGACGGGAAAUCCCUUUCGAGAAAGGAAUUAAAUGGUACUCACAAUCCGAGGAGAAGCCGUGGUCAAAGAGAAGAAUUGGUGUUGCAAAUGAGGUGAUAUUCAACAGGGCCGAUCUUUUCACCGUGAAUGAAGCACUAGCUCGGCAGGUGGAAGAUUUAGACGCCUUGCUUCCGCAGAUGAGAUAUAUAGGCAUUGGACGUGAUGAUGGUACAGCAGCAGGUGAAUUCGAGGCAAUCUAUUAUGAUAGCCGUCGUUUUGAGGUUUUAGAACAGGACACUUUUUGGAUGAGCAACACUCCAUGGGUUCCAAGUAAAUAUCCUGGUGCUGGAUCAAUUAGAUCCGCCACUGUUGGACAUUUUCGGGAAAUUGCCACCGGUGUUGACUUUUGCUUAAUAAAUAUUCACCUUGAUGAACAAUCAGAUGCCCAGCGAAGACUCGGUGCAGCAAUGCUAAAACUAAGAGGUGGAUAUGAGUAUGCAAAGAACCACUGCCCGGUUCUUUUGGUUGGUGACUUUAACUCACAAAGUUCAGGGGGCAAUUCUGGUGCCUACCAGAUACUUACAGGUGCUGAAAACUAUGAUGUCAAUGAGAUGCCAAGAGAAUUUAGAGAGGCAUAUAGAAAUCCAUUUGCCGACACUUUUGUCUUUGAUGAUUUAAUGAAAUGUUGCAGGCCCGAAAGAAGGACCGGAAACUUGGCUACAUUUACAAACUUUAAGCCUGCUGGAAAAGAUUACACGAGAAUUGAUUUUCAGUUUGGCGGAAAUCCGAACUCGGAAAGACUAGACAAAAAGUGGGAUGUGGAGAUAUUUCGAAUUGGCGAAAAUUGGUUUGAUUGGUCUUAUUAUUUAUCAGAUCACCGCCCUGUGGUGUGUGAUCUAGCCAUAAGAACUUGA